AUGUCCUUGGGAUUUUCUUCAGUUGGUCAGUCAACCAAUGUGGAACGGAAGCUGGAGAAUAAUAAGUUGAAAAAUUUUGGUUUCCUUGUGCCUCACAUAUCUGAUUUUGAGUAUGAAUUACAGGAGCUUUUAGUUGAGAUUGAUAUGCUUAUUGAGAAGAAGAAAUGUGAGUGGGAAAAAGAUCUUAAAGCCCUCGAAAGAAAGCUGUCGAUUAAGGUGUCUGAAAAUGACAGGCUCCAGUGUCUUGUUAACGAAAAAGAAAGGGAUCUACAAGAUGCUUUUAGGCGCCUUGAAAUGGUUGAAUCUAAGGAUCCAAGGAUUUGUUAUGGCAAACAGAUUGAGGAAUUAAGUCACAAGGUUGACGCAAUGAAAGCUAGUUACAGUAAUCUUCAAAGGAAAUAUCAAAAGCAAUUGGUUGCAGAAAAAAGUGAUUUCUCAAUGCAUUUACGUAAUCUAGAGAAUGAAAAUGAAGCUCUGAAAGCUGAUUACGAGAGAUCAAGGUGUGUCAUUUACUUUUCGACAAAAAAUGAACAGAUCAUUUCAUCACUGAAACAACAGUUGGCUGACCAAAAAAAUAACGCACUUGAUAUUCAGAAACGGUAUGGUGAAUUGCAAUCUCAAUUCGAAAUAAAAUUACAAGAGGAAACCAACCAGAAGAAUAAUAUUAAAGAGAUGAAGGAAGAGCAUCAGUUAGCCAUCGACAAACUUAGUAAACAGUUAAAUGAUCAUAAAAAUACAAUUAAGCUUCAGGCCGAAGAAUUAAUGAUUACUAAAGCAUCACUCACAAAUAAAAUUUCGGAAAUUCAUCGCCUUCCUCAUGAAGCUGAAAUGAAAAAAAAAACCAUGGCAAAGCGUUUAAACUUACUGUUACAUCGAAAACACAAUUCAACACCCAAUAUAUCAGUUAAAUAUGGACAAACUUCACCUACUGACUUAUCAUCACCAUUACAACAGUUACAGCAACCUCUCAAUGAUCAAGAAGAAAUUACUCAUAAAGUUAAGUACUUGGAAAAUCAACUGAGUGAAGCUAAUAAUACCCUCAUAGAUAAAAUGUUAGAAAUAAGUCGACUUGAAAAUACAUGUCAAGUAGCGUCUGCUACAAUUCGUCGUCUAGUGGAAUCCAAAGCAUAUUCUAAUGGACAAACUAAGUCUCUGGAAACUUCCAUUGAUGAAGCCCGUGAAAGAGUGGGGAAUUUUGAAAGAAAGCUUUCUUUAGUUGAAAAGGAUUUAUCAUCUAAAUUAUCAAAAACAAUAUCUGAAAUAUGUCGACUUAAAAAAUAUGUUUAUCAAAUUCAAGCAUCCAGAUCAUAUGAAAUAAAUCAGGCGCCAAGACAUUGUACUUCAGAUGAAGGUGUACAAACAAGCGACUAUUUACUACCCAAUGAUGGACCAAUCAAAGUAACACCUACUCUAACCUUCAAUGAUACGCAGUCAACAAAUCUCACUUCGUCCAACUCAUUAACAAAUACGGAAGAGUUGAAUAAAAUACCUAAUAAUUAUUGUGCCGAUCUUAAUCCAACACUAUUUAUCAAUCAAUCAAAUAGUAAUAUCCAUCGUAAAACUGUUAACGCUCCAGUAGAUCUAGUCAAUAAGCAAAUUGAAAUCGAAGUCAAUCACUCUCAAGCUCAAAUUAAUCAAGGAAACAAAAACUGUCCGAAUUUCAAACAAGAUUUUCACAGUAACAUCAAUUUACUUGCUAACUCUACGGAUGUUUGUAACGAAUCUAAAAAUUCUGAACAGUCAAUAGAAAUUACACCAAACAAAAUGUUUAAAAAUAAAGAUGGAAAACAAAUUUUUCCACCCGGUGAAUCUGAUGUUGUUGCAUCAUGUAAACCAAUACCAUCGGCACGCUUUAAAUUGUUGUCACCCUCAGUUAAAUUUUUGGAUGAUAAUAAUAAUGGUAUCAAUUCGAACGAAAAUGGAUUAAUCGAUUUAGAUAAGCAUGACUAUGCUGCUGUUUUAGAACCCACACUAUUGACAUACAAUUUUCAUUGUUAUCAAUCAAUGAAUUUGUCAAAUGCAGAACAGUCAUCAUCAUUUGAAAAGAAGUCAAAUCUUUAUCUACCAUCAUAUUGUUCAACAUUCAUAUCACCAUCAUCAUCAAUAUCAUUAUACCACUCUCAAAUUAAUCAUAAUAGUUUAAAUGAAGAAGAUACAAAUGUUUAUAAUUUAGCUGCACAAUUUUUAGUGGAUGAACAAAAGCAUUCCAUGUUAUUAGAACAAAAAAUUGAUGCACAUUUAAAGUGUUUAGAAGAACAUGCUGGACAUUUAAAUGAAUUAUAUUAA